GGUAAAUCUAAAAGAGGAUACAGGGAAAUUCUAGCCCGCAUUACCUUAUGAUUCCCGCAACAGCUAGCCCAACGCCUUUGUGGUUGGAUUGCGAUCCUGGCCACGAUGACGCAUUUGCAAUUCUACUCGCUGCUCAUCACCCCGCAUUACAACUGUUAGGUAUCACAACCAUCCACGGAAAUGCCUCGCUCGAGAACACCACCAUCAAUGCGACAAGGGUCUUAGAAGCAAUUGGUAAACCGGAGAUACCGGUCUAUCCGGGAAGCAAGAAACCAUUCUGUAGACCAGCAGUACACGCUCCCAAUAUCCACGGCGAUUCUGGAAUCGAUGGGACUGAGCUUCUACCCAAAGCUUCUAGACCACCCAUAACAGACAAAAACCCUAUCCUUGCUAUGCGUGACGCCCUUAUGGCACAACCAAAGGGCACGCCUUGGGUCGUGGCUACUGGCACCUUAACCAAUAUCGCCUUGUUGUUUGCGACUUUCCCCGAAGUCGCAUCGCACAUCCAAGGGCUGAGCAUCAUGGGCGGCGGAGUCGGUAACGGGUUCACAGAUGCUCCAAUGAGCAAGCUCGAGGGUGGAAAGGACAGGAUUGGAAAUGUGACUCCGCUCGCAGAGUUCAACAUCUAUUGCGAUCCAGAGGCCUCCCAAUCGAUCUUCAGCAACCCAAUUCUCGCCGCCAAGACGUUCUUGAUAACCCUAGACUUGACACACCAGGUCCUCGCUUCACGCGAAAUCCAAACCCGUAUCCUACAUGGUGACGACCCUUCCGCGGCCCCCACGGUGCUCCGCCAAAUGCUCUAUGAGCUGCUCAUCUUCUUUGCCUCGACCUACGAAACCCAAUUCGGUCUGACGACGGGACCCCCGCUCCACGACCCACUCGCCGUGGCGGUGAUCCUGUCUACGCUGAACCCUAUCUUCGCGGCCAAACAUGCCGGCCAGGCUCUUAAGUUCGAUGACCGUAAUGGAGAGCGAUUCGCCGUAACUGUCAUCACGGAUGGACUGCACGGGACGGAUAUUGCGCUGGUGGGACAGCUGGGCCGCUCAGUGGUCGCGAGCCAGCCUACUGGAGUUAGUAUCCCUCGUGGAGUGGAUCUGGAUGCAUUCUGGGAUAUGAUCGUAGAUUGCAUUAAGCGGGCAGAUGAAUGCAAUGUUGCGCGACAGCGUGCGUAGUUCCUGGGGAAUCUGCCUAUAUAGUUCUUUAAACCUGUGGAUUGAGUAGAUAGAGCUUGCAUUGAGACGGAUCUUGAGAUUCAAGUAGAUGCAUAUUCAGACACAGCACACGAUUGAUAUUAGACCAGUACAUACACCCUUUUAUAAGAGCUGUCUAUAAGCGAUCAAUCCCGAUUUAUUGCCUUUGUUGACCACAUGCGGACUAUAUUCACCACGCUAUGCUAAAACAAAUCAACUCGACACGGCCUAAAUCCAAUCCAGUCCAGUCCCAGCACUUAGCUAGUGGAGAAAAGAAGCAUCAUGUAGGUCAAGCCUACCACUCCCGGAUACUUCCAUCCGGGCCGAAGAACUCCUUCGGCAACCAUGGCUCGGUACUCUGGGCCACGCUACGAACAACCUCCUCAUCCACCUCAAUGCCGAGACCCGGUGCGGUCAGCGCAUCUACAUAGCCAUCCUUCACCGCAAACACGCUAGGAUCCUUCACAUAG